AUGUUUUACUGUACUCCGACGAGCACGAAUCUCUGCGGAGUUCAAUCAACACCAUCCUCGGGACCGAAACGGAAAGCCAGCUUUGUCGCCACCGCCCACACUAUCGCCCAGCGCGUCUCCGUCAAUGGCAAUGACUUUGGCCAGCUCGUUGGCAUUCGGUCCCCAGACUCCGACAACCCGAUCCAGGACGUCAGCUCUGGGAACAUGGCAUGCAACACCGGUUUCCACUCGCCCGUAUCGUCAAAGGUCAUCGAUGUGCCCGUUGGCGCGAAGGUCGGCGUCGUGGCGAAAGUCGAUAACGCAGCGUCCUCUGGCACGAGUGGGUUGAAGUGGUUCAAGGUGUCCCAAGACGGUCUUGAUAGUAGUGAACAGUGGGGUGUGGAUCGGAUGAUUAGCAAUGGCGGGUGGACUUACUUCACCAUGCCGAACUACCUUGCGUCAGGGAACUACUUGCUCAGGGCUGAGAUAAUUGGUGAGUCUCCUGCUGGGAGACAGGCGCAGUUCUAUUUGGAAUGGGCUCAGAUCAAUGUAACGGGUGGGGGCUCCGCAAACCCUUCGACUGUCAGCUUCCCUAGCGCAUAUAGCGCAACUAAUCCGGGUAUUUUGAUCAACAUCUACGACAAUAGCGGUAAUCCAACUGGUGGUGGCAAGCCUUACACGGUUCCGGGUGCUGCGGAUUUCACUUGUUAG